AAGUACAUUAUUUUCUGACAUACUAUUGCUUCCGCUACACUACUUGAGGAGCUGGACGAGUUCGUCUACUAGUCUGUUUGACAUGGUUAUCUAACUGCUAAUUUUGUUUGAGCUUUAACGUGUAACGUACUGAGUUUGUGGUCAGAACAUCGGCCUAAAUCAUGUCCAUGUCCCACCUGUACGGACGGAGGGGCAAUAAUAAUAAUGAUGAUGAGGACGACGACGGAGUGGAGAUAGAGAAUUUCGAGGUGACCGAUUGGGACCUAGCAAAUGAAUUCAAUCCUGACCGCCGUAGACACCGGCAGACCAAAGAGGACGCCACCUAUGGCAUAUGGGCCGAGCAUGACUCCGACGAGGAAAGGCCGAGCUUCGGGGGGAAGAGGUCAAAGGAUUACACAGCCCCUGUGAAUUUUGUGAGCGCAGGACUGCGCAGAACUGCCACUGAGGAAAGAGAGCAGCAGAAGCAGGAUUCUGAUGAUUCUGAUUCAGAUAGAGAUGGGGUGCAACCUACCCGUGAGAUCGCCCCAAAGAAACUGCAAACGGGUGGAAACUUCAAGAGCUCCCAGAAGACAUUUGCUGGUGGAAUCCGGGCUGGACAUGACCUAGGAACGUGGGAGAAGCACACUCGUGGGAUUGGGCAGAAACUGCUGCAGAAAAUGGGUUAUGUGCCGGGAAAAGGCUUGGGCAAGAAUUCCCAGGGUAUUGUGAAUCCAAUUGAGGCCAAAGUGCGCAAGGGCAAAGGUGCUGUGGGAGCCUAUGGAAAUGAGAGGACUCAGCAGUCCCUGCAGGAUUUCCCCGUCGUGGACUCGGAGGAGGAAGAAGAGAAGGAAUUUCAGCGGGAACUGGGCCAGUGGCGCCGAGAGCCAGGUGUAGGGAAGAAGAAGCCAAAGUACUCCUACAAGACCGUGGAGGAGCUGAAAGCACGGGGAAAGGUGGCCGGGAAGAGUCUGAGUGCGCCUGCUGCAGAGCUGGCUCAGGUCAAGGUCAUUGACAUGACUGGUCGGGAGCAGAAGGUAUAUUACAGCUACAGGCAGAUGAGUCAGAAGCACAGUGUGCCAGAGGAGACCCCGCUGAGCAUUGGAGCACGGGACCAGAAAGGCUCUAGCUUUGCACUUCCCGAACUGGAGCAUAAUCUUCAACUGCUGAUUGACCUGACAGAACAGGACAUCCUGCAGAGCGCACGGAGACUGCAGCACGAGCGUGAUGUGGUCGUGUCCCUGACACACGAGAGCUCGGCCCUGCAAGAGCGGCUGGCUGAGGAGCAGAAGACUCUGGGCCGCUUAGAAACUGUGUUGGACCUGGUGGAGCGUUUCGAGGCUUCUGAUGGUGAAGGGGGCUCCCCGCUCACCCUGAAGGAAUGUGCCAGUAUCUUUGAGACGCUGCAGUCUGAGUACUACCAGGAAUAUAAGAUUCUGGGUCUGGGGGACCUCGCCGUGUCAGUGGUGCACCCUCUGCUCAGGGAGAAGCUCCGCAGCUGGGAUCCCCUGAAGGACAGCACAUAUGGCCUGGAAGAGGUGGGACAGUGGAGAGCCAUUCUGGAGUCCCGGCAGAUUCACCACAAUGCCCCUGAUAGCUCACAGAUGGACCCAUAUCACAGAUUGUUGUGGGAGGUCUGGGUCCCUGUGAUGAGGAGCACUGUGUCCAGUUGGCAGCCGCGCAUCGUGGACGCCAUGGUGGACUGCGUGGAGAGCUGGUCGCCUCUGCUGCCGCUUUGGAUCCUGGACCAUGUACUGGAGCAGCUCAUCUUUCCGCGUUUGCAGAGAGAGGUGGAAGCCUGGAACCCCCUGACAGACACGGUGCCCAUCCAUUCCUGGCUACACCCCUGGCUGCCACUGCUGCAGGUCCGGCUCGAGCCGCUGUACCCCCCCAUCCGCAGCAAGCUGGCCCAUGCCCUGCAGCGCUGGCACCCCAGCGACGGCUCUGCUCGCCUCAUCCUGCAGCCUUGGAGGGAUGUGUUCACCCCCGGGGCUUGGGAGGCCUUCAUGCUCAAGAACAUCGUGCCAAAGCUGGCACUCUGUCUGGGCGAACUGGUGGUGAACCCGCACCAGCAGCACAUGGAUCCCUUUCACUGGGUCAUGGACUGGGAGGGCAUGCUCUCGCUCUCCAGCCUCGUGGGGCUUCUUGACAAGAACUUCUUCCCCAAGUGGCUGCAAGUUCUGUGCUCCUGGCUGAGCAACAGCCCAAAUUACGAGGAGAUCACCAAGUGGUACCUGGGCUGGAAGUCCAUGUUCUCCGAUGCUGUGCUGGCCCACCCGCUGGUCAAGGAGAAGUUCAAUGAGGCACUGGACAUCAUGAACCGUGCCGUAUCCUCUGGAAUAGGUGGGUACCUCCAGCCAGGUGCCCGGGAGAACAUUGCCUACCUGACGCAUACGGAGAGGCGGAAAGACUUCCAGUAUGAGGCGCUGCAGGAGAGGCGCGAGGCGGAGAGUGUAGCCCAGCGUGCCAUCGGGGCAGCCGGCCUGCCCACCAACUUCAAGGAUUUGGUCCAGGCCAAGGCUGAGGAGAACAACAUAGUGUUUAUGCCACUGGUGGCCAAGCGGCACGAAGGCAAGCAGCUGUACACGUUUGGCCGCAUCGUCAUCUACAUUGACCGCGGUGUGGUGUUUGUGCAGGGGGAGAAGACCUGGGUCCCCACCUCCCUGCAGAGCCUCAUCGAUAAGGCCAAGUAACGUGCCGGGGGACCGGCCAUGGACAGACUGACCUGCAGCACAGUAGCUGUCGGCUCCCUGCUUGCUUUACCCUGCCUGUUUUUUUAUUAUUUGUUUAAUUAUGUCCCCUCUAUCCCAAGUAAUAAAUGUUUUGAAAUGAGGAA